UGUAAUUGAUAGAAGGUAAAGCGUUAAAUAUGGAAGUUGAAUAAUUUGGGGGUAAAAUAAUAAAAUUAAAUGAGAAAAUAGGAAGAAUUAAAAGGGAAGAUAGAAAAUUAGGAAAAAAAUAUUUCAGAAAUUUGUAGGUUGGAGCAAUUCACGAAGUAUGGGAAGAUGAAUCCACACAACUGAUUAAUUAUGGGAGUAAAUGGAGGAGGCUGACUUUCAACUUUUCUUUGCCUAAAUCAGUUUUUUUUUUUUAUUUAUUUUUUAUUUAUUUAUUUUAUUUUAUUUUUCCCUUCUUAUGGCUGGGUUGGGCUUUGAAAAUAGGGGUCCUCAAAAUUUUGGAGCCUUGUGCUGAGGGGCUGUUUGCACAGGGCCUUAACCGGGCCUGUUAACGCCCCUAACAAAAAGUUGGAUAAUCAAAGCCGUAAAGGUUUUUCCAUGGCGAUACUCUUAACUAACUUCCUCCUAACUGCUACAAGAUCUUAACCUUCGAACAUUCGAAGGUGCACAUAAAAAUAACGGUUUGGAUUAUUAUAAGACAUACGAGCUAAUGAAUAUUGAAUAUGCAUCAAUGUAUCAUGCAUGGUUAUGGAGCAGCACUCCAAAAAUACCAAAAAAAAAAAUAAAUAAAUAAAAAUUCAUAACUUAAUACUGGGUCAAAAAUACCAAUUAAUUUAGGAAAUUAAUCUUCUCUUUCUUCAUUUGAUCAUCCAACAACUUUCUCUCUCCUCAACAUCACCGCUAAUUCACCUACAUUUUUUGUGAAUUUCAUCGGCAUUCAGGGAGAAAGAUGAAAUAAAAUUAAGUUUAAGGUCAGAUUAUGUGAUUUUAGUUUGAGGCGAAAUGGGGACUUUUCCAAAACAGGCCGCAAGUAUCAAUUAUGUGGUCGGAUCGCUUGUUUGGGUAGAGGACAAUGAGGAAGCAUGGUUAGAUGGAGAAGUUGUGGAAGUGAGUGGUGAAGAACUUACAGUAAAUUGUACAACAGGGAACACUGUUGUUGCUAAUGCAUCCAGGGUUCAUCCAAAGGAUCCCGAAGCACCUCCUUCUGGUGUAGAUGAUAUGACCAAACUGGCUUAUCUACAUGAGCCAGGGGUUCUUAAUAAUCUGAAAUGUCGUUAUGAUAUCAAUGAAAUUUAUACAUACACAGGAAAUAUACUGAUAGCUGUGAACCCUUUCCAAAGGCUACCUCACUUGUAUGAUAGUGAUAUGAAAGAGAAGUAUAGAGGGGCAUCUUUAGGUGAACUAAGCCCGCAUCCCUUUGCAAUUGCAGAUUCUGCAUACAGAAUGAUGUUACAGCAAGGAAUAAGUCAGUCAAUAUUGGUUAGCGGGGAGAGUGGAGCUGGGAAAACAGAAAGUACUAAAAGUCUUAUGCAAUUUCUAGCAUAUAUGGGAGGAAGAGCUAAUGCUGAGGGACGUACUGUUGAGCAGCAAGUUCUAGAGUCCAACCCAGUUCUGGAAGCAUUUGGUAAUGCUAAGACCGUGAGAAACAACAACUCAAGUCGUUUUGGCAAGUUUGUGGAGAUACAAUUUGAUCAAAGGGGGAGGAUUUCAGGAGCUGCUAUCAGAACUUAUCUACUAGAAAGAUCUCGUGUUUGUCAGGUGUCUGAUCCUGAAAGAAACUAUCACUGCUUCUACAUGCUGUGUGCUGCCCCAAAAGAGGAUGUCGAGAGGUUUAAGUUGGACAGUCCAAGAACUUUUCAUUAUCUCAAUCAAUCAAAUUGCUACGAGGUUGAUGUCAUAGAUGAUGCACAAGAGUACUUAACAACUAGAAGAGCCAUGGAUGUUGUUGGAAUUAGUUCUCAUGAGCAGGAUGCGAUAUUCAAAGUUGUGGCUGCAAUUCUCCAUCUAGGUAAUAUUGAAUUUGCAAAAGGGAGUGAUUCAGAUUCCUCUAAACCCAAAGAUGAAAAAUCUAGGUUUCAUCUGAGAACAGCCGCUGAGCUUUUCAUGUGUGACAAGAAGGCACUUGAGGAUUCUCUUUGCAAACGUGUGAUUUUUACUCGUGGUGAAUCGAUUACUAAGAAUUUGGAUCCAGAUGCUGCUACUGUCAGUAGAGAUGCCUUGGCCAAAAUUGUUUACUCCAGGUUGUUUGACUGGCUUGUCAACAAGAUAAAUAGUUCAAUUGGUCAGGAUCCUGAUUCAAAAUUUCUGAUUGGGGUUUUAGACAUUUACGGUUUCGAGACAUUCAAGACCAACAGCUUUGAGCAGUUCUGUAUUAAUUUAACAAAUGAGAAGCUACAGCAACAUUUUAAUCAGCAUGUUUUUAAGAUGGAGCAAGAAGAAUACACUAGAGAAGAAAUUGAUUGGAGCUAUAUUGAGUUUGUUGACAACCAGGAUGUUCUUGAUCUUAUUGAGAAGAAACCUGGUGGGAUUAUUGCUCUUCUGGACGAAGCCUGUAUGUUUCCUAGAUCAACACAUGAGACAUUUGCUGAAAAGCUGUACCAGACAUUCAGCAAUCAUAAACGCUUCAGCAAACCAAAGCUAUCCCGCACAGACUUCGUUAUUUCUCAUUAUGCUGGUGAGGUGACCUACCAAACCGAGUUUUUCUUGGAUAAGAACAAAGAUUAUGUUGUUCCAGAGCAUCAAGAACUUCUAAGUGCUUCCGAAUGUGCCUUUGUGGCAAGCUUGUUUCCACGUUUUCCUGAGGAGUCAGCUAAAUCUUCUAAGUUUUCCUCUAUAGGUACCAGCUUUAAGCACCAAUUGCAGUUACUGUUGGAGACACUUAGCGCAACAGAGCCACAUUAUAUCCGCUGUGUAAAGCCUAACAAUCUUCUUAAGCCGGCAAUAUUUGAGAACAGUAAUGUUCUGCAUCAACUUCGUUGUGGGGGGGUCAUGGAGGCUAUAAGAAUUAGCUGUGCUGGAUUCCCCACAAGAAAGCCAUUUCAUGAAUUUAUAAAUUGUUGUCGUAUUCUUGCUCCAGAAAUUAUGAAUGGCAGCUACGAUGAAGUCACUGCAUGUAGAAAGAUUUUAAAGAAAGUGCAGCUUGACGGAUAUCAGAUCGGUAUAAGUAAAGUGUUUCUCAGAGCAGGCCAGAUGGCUGAACUAGAUGCACUCAGGAAUGAGGUUUUAGGGCAAUCUGCUACCAAAAUUCAGAAGCAAAUCCGGACUUUUUUCUUCCACAGAUGGUUCAAACAAAUGCGGUUGUCUGCUAUACGUAUUCAAACCUUCUGCAGAGGACAAGUUGCUCGGUCUGUGUUUGAACACAAGAAGAAAGAAGCAGCAUGUCUGAGAAUCCAAAAGGAGUUGCGCAGGCAUCUUGCCAGGAAAUCUUACUUAGAGUUAUACUCUUCUGCUAUGACAAUUGAGAGAGGUAUGCGGAGCAUGGCUGCUCGUAGUGAGCUUCGUUUUCGAAGACAGACAAGGGCUGCAAUUAAAAUUCAGAGUCAUUGUAGAAGGUACAAAGCCCAAUACCAUUAUCGAAAGAUGAGGAAAGCAGCUAUUAUAACACAAUGUGCAUGGCGAGCUAAAAUGGCAAGAAGAGAAUUACGGAAACUUAAAAUGGCUGCAAAGGAGGCGGGUGCUUUGAAGGAAGCUAAGAAUAGAUUAGAAAAGGAAGUUGAAGAACUAACUUCCCGACUGCAGUUAGAGAAACGCAUGAGGGAUGAUCUUGAACAAUUGAAGAAUCAAGAAAAUGAAAAGCUACAACAGGCUUUGGAAAUUAUGGAGAAGCAAUUUCAAGAAACUAAGACAUUGCUUAUGAAGGAAUGUGAGGAAGCUGUGAAAAAAGCAGCUGACCAAGUCCCUAUUAUACAAGAAGUACCUGUUUAUGAUGAUGAACUGAUGAGUAAGCUUACUGUUGAAAAUGAACAACUCAAGGAAUGUGUAAGUUCACUAGAAAAGAAAAUUGACGAGACUGAGAAGAAAUAUGAGAAAAUAAGCAAGCUUAAUCAAGAAUCUGUUUCUAAUAAUGAAUUGAUAGAUAAACUUUCAGCAGAAAAUGAACACCUCCAGAGACUGGUGAUUUCAUUGGAAACAAAAAUCAAUGAAACUGAGAGGAAAUAUGCAGAAACGAGCAAGCAGAGUGAAGAUCCUGUUUUUGACAACGAGUCGAUAAAUAGACUUGCUGUGGAAAAUAAACAGCUAGAGGAAAUGGUUAGCUCAUUGGAAAAUAAAAUUGAUGAAACUCAGAAGAAAUAUGAGGAAACAAGCAAGCUAACUGAAGAGCUCGAGGGAGUGGUAAGCUCAUUGGAACAGAAAAUUGACGAAACUCAGAAAAAAUAUGAGGAAACAAGAAAGCUAAGUGAAGAGCGGUUAAAGCAGUCACAAGAAGCUGAGUCGAAGAUGAUUGGACUCAAAAUUGCAGUACACAGGCUGGAAGAGAAGAUAGCUUACAUGGAGACUGAGCGCAAGAGCAAAUUUUCAGAUUAUCCGUCAUUCAGUAAUGGUCAUGUGAAUGAACCCAACAAGGACUUGCCAAGUGGAACACCAAAGAAAGUUUUUGGCACCGAAUCUAUGAGGAAAUCACAUAUGGAGAGACAGCGUGAGCUUGCAGAUUCUCUUAUCAAAUGCGUAGCUGGAGAUGCUGGAUUUAGUCAGGGAAAACCAGUUGCUGCAGUUACAAUGUACAAGUGUCUGCUUCACUGGAAAACGUUUGAAGCUGAAAGGACAAAUGUUUUUGAUCGGCUUACCGAGUUGAUUAGUUCUGCAUUCCAGAAUUCAGAUAAUAAUAGUCAUCUGGCUUAUUGGCUGUCUAACACAACUACACUGUUGUUCUUGCUACAAAGAAGUUUCAAGGCAAAUAAAGAUUGGAAACCUCCUCAGCCUCCAACAUUUUUCGGGAGGAUGGCCCAAGGAUUUCGCGCCUCUCCUUCGUCUGCAAAUCUACAAAUUGAUAUAGUUCGCCCUGUCGAGGCCAAGCAACCAGCUUUGCUUUUCAAGCAACAGCUUACAGCUUAUGUCGAAAUGUUUUUUGCGAUCAUUCGAGAUAAUUUCAAGACAGAGUUGUCACCUGUACUUUCUGGUUCUAGACAGGUUCCAAAGACAUCAGAGAUAGCAGAAGAUCCAUUGGUUCACCAUUGGCAGGACGUCAUUGACUGCCUUGAUUCAUUUCUUAAUACACUGAAGGAAAAUCAUGUUCCUAAAGUAUAUGUACAAAAGAUCUUUAUACAGAUUUUUUCGUACAUCAACGUGCAACUUUUUAACAGUGUACUCCUGAAUCGUGAGUGUUGCACAUUCAGCAAUGGGGAGUAUGUCAAGGAUGGGUUGGACAAAUUGGAAGCAUGGUGUGGGGAAGCUACAGAUGAGUUUACAGGAUCAUCAUGGGAUGAACUUAAGCACAUAAGGCAAGCUGUUGGAUUUCUGGUUAUAAACCACAAGGGGAGGAUCUCCUUUGAAGAUCUUACAAGCGAUCUGUGCCCUCUAUUGAGUGUUAAGCAGCUAUAUAAAAUAUGUACAACAUACUGGGAUGAUGAUUAUAACACCACUAGUGUUUCUCCAGAUGUCAUUUUAAGCAUGAAGACAUCAAUGCCUGGAGAAAAUGAGGGUGAAAUGGACAGUGAUAAAGGCUGUUCAUUGCAUGAUAAUUCCAGCAUACCCCUUCCUGUUGAUGACCUAUCUCCUUCUCCGGAUGAGAGAGAUUUUGCUGGUGUGAAGCCACCACCUCUGUUACUUGAGAAUCCAGAUUUCCAGUUUCUACAGGAGUGAGGCUGAGAUGAUAAGUAUCUACAGCGCUUGUCUGCUUCACCUAAUGAGCUCAAACUAACCCAAGUGUAAAUUCAUCAUUCACACAUAAAGGUUGUCCCUUGUCCCAUUUUUCUUCUAAAGUAGUGCAACAUUCAUUUCCCUAGUUGUAAAUUUACUAUCACUAUGUGAUAUACAUAGAUUUAGGCUUCUCCUCAUCAUCAAUGAUUGUAUGGACCCGGGAUGUUUUGAUUUCUUCGACUCUGCCCCAAUAGUCGUCCAAAUUUUUUAUUUUUUGAUAGAAGUAGGAUACUUAUGUUCGAUGUAGCAUGGUGAGAGAAGUUGUGAUGAUCUUCCUCCCAUUCUUUGGUGUGGUAAUACAGAGAGGAAAUCUUUUCAGGUUUGUAUGUAUAGUUUUAUUGCAAGGUGUACCUCUAAUGAUUUGUAUGUACAGUUGUAUUCAAAGGUGCACAUCAAAAUCAAUGGAAAAAAUAUUCAUCAAUGCCAAAUCUUCUUGCAUUUCUGCAUUUCACUAAUAAUAGUUUUUGUAAAUUGGCUGAACUCUGAAUUUCUUACCUCCUUUUUGGAAGCAUUGUUUCAUCUAUGGAUUUUUAUUUUUACGUUCUGUUUGGAUAAAAGUGUAAGUGGAUACAAGUAUAAUAAAUUUUUUUUUUAAAAAUAAAAUAAAAUAACAGCCCAGUCCAGCUACCCUCCCAUGCGGUGGCGUCUCAUGUCGCCCCUCCCCCUACAAAAAACUUCAUUUGCAAAAAUCACAUAAGAAAUUGUCAUCGGGUAGUGCAGACAGUGCUAUACUGCUAUGACAGUGGAAAUACAGAAAGCAAUAAGAGCACUCAAGAAGUCAAGAUUAGUCGAGGAGGUAGUGUUAGUCCAACU